GGAGGCGCUGAUGACAAAAGAUUAUCUUAAUAGGUCUCCUAAUGGGCUUUUCUCAGCAGGCUUAUCAGUCCCUAUGGUGACGGGGGCAAUAUUUCAGAUAUACAGGCACGCCACAUUUUAAGCGAACCUAGUUUUUUUUUUGUUUUUUUUUUCUUGGCUCUUUGAACAAUUUUAAUUUUUUUUUCUUCAUUGUUGAAGAAAGAAAAUCAAGGAAUAGAAAGAUGAUCUGUGACAGAGCUGGAGUAGGUCUAAGAGGCAUUUGUCCAUCAAAGUUCCAGGUCCAUGGAAAAGCCAAAGAAAUACUUGGCUCCUAGGUCUGGGUCCUUUGGGUGUGAAGUCGCUGUGUGAAAUUAAACUCCUGAGCAAUACUCCAGGCUGUGCAACCACGUGUUUUGUCUACCUAUCUCUGGAUAUAAGACAUAUUCAAUGUUCACAGUAUGGGAUGCUCCCAUCAUUAUGAACAAGAUUUCCUUGAAAUCCAGUAUAUCAUACUUGCAGCAGGUCUUGGUUUGGACUUGCCACACUUCAAGUGCUCAGCAGCUUCAUGUGGCCAGCAGCUACUGGAUUGGACAACACAAGCCUAGAGUCCACAACUAUAUGUACUAUUCAAUUUUGAAACGUUUAAUAAUUCACUGGAGGUGUGAAACAGAAAUUUCAAAGGGAGCUUUGCUAGAAGGACAGCUAGUGAUUUCCAUAGAAGCAUUAAAUUCUAAGCACCAGUCAAAUGCUCUUCAUUGUGUAACAACUAUUGCUUCUGUAAGAAGCAUUUGUGGUGGCUUGGUCCUCAAGAAGUUCCUAAAAGAAAUAAACUCUAUGCUGCGGGGAUUCUCUACAAAGCUGAUUUGGACUUCAGAGGAAAGCAGCUAUUCUCAGGACAUGUCUGGGGUAACACCCUUCCAGUUGACUUUUGAGAUUAAUGAAAAGCCUAGAACUUUGAUGAAAGAUUGUCUGAUUAUAAAGCAUUUUUUACAUAAAAUCAUCAUAGUACACCACAAGAUCAGGUUUACUUUCAAUGUAAAGGUAAAUGGAUUCCUUUCCACAGAGAUCUUUGGGGUAGAAAAUGAACCCACUUUGAACCUAUCAAAUGGAAUUGCUAUUGUCGUAAACUGUCAACAUUAUGUGAGUAGAUUAAAAUUCAAUACAACUGAAUCACACUGCAGCAGAAUCCACCCUGUGCUAGGACAUCCGGUAACGCUCUUAAUUCCUGAAGAUGUGGCUGGCAUGGACUUGUUGGGAGACCUAAUAAUGACUCCAGCUGCUGCUCUGUGUCCCAGCCCAAAGGUCUUUUCCAGCCAGCUGAACAGGAUUUCACUGGUUUCCAUAUUUCUGUAUGGACCUUCAGGUCUACCUCUGAUGUUGUCAAAUGAGGACCAGCUAAGUACCACUGUCUUCAAAGAUGCCUUUUAUUUCAUUGACUGGAAGAAAUACCACUUGUGUGUGGCACCCAGUUUGGAUCUCAGUUUGGAAAAAGAUUUGGUGCUUCCAGAUGUGAGUUAUCAGGUGGAACCCAGUGAGAGGAAUCAGUCUCAGACUAUGGAUCUUCAGGGACAAACUCUGCUACUUUUCCUUUUUGUGGAUUUCUAUAGUGGAUUUCCAGUCCAGCAAAUGGAGAUUUGGGGAGUCCAUACUUUGCUCACAGCUCAUCUCAGUGCUAUCCUCAUGGAGAGCCACAGUGCAGUACAAGAUUCUGUUCACUCCACUCUGGACCAGAUCUUGGAGCAGCAUGACCAGGCUGUCAAGGCUCAUCAGAAACUGCAGGCUUCGCUCUCAGUGGCUGUGAAUUCCAUCAUGACUGUGGUGACUGGGAGCACAAGUGGCAGCUUCCGAAGGACAUGUCUCCAGGCCCUUCAGGCAGCUGAUACACAGGAGUUUGGGACCAAACUGCACAAAAUAUUUUAUGAUAUCAUCAAGCACCGAUUUCUUCGCCAGUGCACAUGUGAUGUGAAACAACAGCUGAUUCCAGAAAAAAAGGAUUUGACCCAGAGCACAGAGGAUGCACCUAAGAACAGCAGCCCAGAGCUCCUUGCAGAGAUCAGGCAAGCGGACCGCAAGAAGCUCAAGAGCUGCAGCUUCUGCCCGGGAGACGAGGAGAUGCGAGCUUUUGCGGCCUCGCAAAGCGCAGAGCAGCCCAACGCCUCUCUCCUCCCGAGGGGACAAGAGGUCCGCACAGCCGAUGACAGGGCCCUGGUCCGGGAGAGAGGAAACCCGGUGAGCCGCCAGGGGAUAAAGGAGAGCGCCGCGCAGGUAAGGGCGCGUGCGCGGCAGGAAGGCCCGGGAUCGGGCUGCUGCAGGAAGCGUCCUUACUUUGUCCCCGUUGCUCCCGCAGGAUGCUCUGUGGCUGCAGGAGGUCUCGAAUCUGUCGGACUGGCUGAAUCCCGGCUCCGGGUCGUAAACCGUGACGGUCCCAAAACCCCUCGGUGGCGCGGGGGAGAACUGCACGCAGUUGUGUGAUGUUUGAUUUAAUAAAGUUGCUCCAGGCGUAUGCUGAGUCGGCUCCAGUGCCUGGGCAGGGCAGGGCGGGCGGGGGGGCGGUGCCAGGGGGC